UGUUCAUCUUCCAUCGAAUAACUUGUAAUGUUAUGUGAAGGGAGAGAAACACACGAAAUUAUGUUGCACAUGAGUGUACAAGUCUGCAGACAUUAGAGUGAAGAACGCUCUGCUUCUCUCUCUGUGUAGUUGCCCAUAGCAGCAGAACAACAAAGCAUAGCAAAGAGGCGAAUUUCAAGUAAGAAAUGGCGCUACUGAUGGAAAAGGGGUCCCAACCCCAAACCGAAAGCGAAAGGGCCGACCUUGACGCCAUUGAACUCAAGGAAAAGGGAAUCGAGGGUGUGAAAAAAGGGAAAAAGCAUUUUUCUGAAGCCAUAGAUUGCUACACGAGGGCAAUCAAUCAGCAAGCUUUGAGCAGUUCCGACACCUCAAUUCUCUUAUCACAUUGCGAAAACGGGCUUAAACAUGACCCGGGUAACGAAGAGCUGAAGAAGCUGUUGAGGCAGAUUGAGUUGAAGAAGACGGAACAUGAGCAGCGUGAAGCUCAAGUUUCAAAGGCAAUUGCAGGGGCUAAGGACCUUGUUUCCGCGAUUGAAAGUCGAGGCAUGAAGCUUGGGAAGGCAAUGUAUCGAGAGCUUACUGGAUUACAAAAGCCUGUACUAGACAAGAAUAAUAUGCUUCAUUGGCCAGUUCUUCUGCUUUAUGCAGAGCUUAUGUCCAGUGACUUCAUUGAGGAUUUCUGCGAGACGGACAUGUUGUCAGCUCAUCUCGACGUGAUAUCCUUCUUUCACUCAAAUAUUUUGUAACAUUAAACUUCUGUAUCUUUGAGAAUCCAUUAUUUAUGAUUUCUCCGUCAUUGAUUUUGACGGGCUGGUUCAGGAGUUUCUCUGACAAAGACAGAGUUCCUUCGUUGUCUCCUAAAGGGCACUCCAGCUUCUAAUGUGGAAAGCAUCAGUGACGAGCAAAAGGAUGACAAUGAGAAUUCUAUUGGUAGCAGCUCUGCAGGUAGGGUGCCUUACCAUCAUCUUUAGCUCAUUUAUCAGUAGUUCAUUGAUUAUGCACUUCAAGUAUUUGGCUAUUAGGCUGGAUAUGAUUUCCCAGUGCACUGAAGUAACUAAUGACUGUUUCGGCGUGUGUGCGCUUGUGGAGUUUAAGCUAUGAAAGGUCAUAUUAUUGGUGGCCCCUGAUAAUAUCCAAUUUAAGCUUCUCCUCUUUGAUGAUUAUUUUCCUUUUAUCCUCUCCAUGUCACUGUGUUGGGGUGUCCAUCAUUAGGCGUAAUUAUGCUUUCACUUGACUGCGAUGGAUAUAAUUUUCUUGGGUUUGUGGACUGGUAACCUUACGUGCUCAUGCUCAUACAAGAUCAAAGACUGAACACAGGAUUGGCCUUUUUGCCUAGUCUCUUUGAGAUUAGUGUAUACAUUAAUCUUGCUUUACCAUGAUAGCAAAGAUGCACCGGGGAAAAGAAGAAAGUAGGAACGAACAGGCUAUUCUGGAUUAAGCAUACAAUUUGAUAGUAAUAUACACAAUCUCUCAGUUUCAUUUGUUCUUUUACCAAUUAAAUUCACGUGACUUUAUGAACUGGAAAAUUUGUUUCAAUUUUUUACCAUUCAAAUUGUUGCAGUCACCUAUCUACUCACUAGUUACAAAGAAGCAUUAUCGACCCGCUUUCCCCAGGUUUUACUUCUCUCGGCAAGGUUCUGAACGCCCUUUAUCUGAUGUUCCUCAGGCAAAGGUUCCUUCUAAAUGGGUCAAAGUAAACGAAAAGAGAACAGUUUAUGACGUUCUGAGAGAACCUAACCUCCUCGUUCCAAGGAUCCCAGGUGUGUCUUUAAUUUAUCACAGUCACCUUCAAUUCAGAUGGUAUCUGUUUUGUUCCCUUGGUUUUCUUACCAGUUGAUAAAUAGGGUGGCGAGCAUA